UCCUAAUACCCUCAUGUCUCAUGGCGUGCCGGUUGUUCGCACAAACCAGUGUGCAGGAGAAUUCGUCAUCACCUUUCCCCGUGCUUACCACAGUGGCUUCAACCAAGGCUACAACUUUGCUGAGGCUGUCAAUUUUUGUACUGCUGACUGGCUGCCAGCUGGGCGCCAAUGCAUCGAGCACUACCGCCGGCUCCGAAGAUACUGUGUCUUCUCUCAUGAGGAACUCAUCUGCAAGAUGGCUGCCUGCCCUGAGAAGCUGGACCUGAAUCUGGCAGCAGCUGUACAUAAAGAAAUGUUCAUCAUGGUGCAAGAGGAGCGGCGUCUACGAAAGGCUCUGUUGGAGAAAGGUAUCACCGAAGCUGAGCGAGAGGCUUUUGAGCUGCUCCCAGAUGAUGAGCGUCAGUGCAUCAAGUGCAAGACCACAUGCUUCCUGUCUGCCCUGGCCUGCUAUGACUGCCCAGAUGGCCUUGUCUGCCUUUCCCACAUUAAUGACCUCUGCAAGUGCUCCAGUAGCCGGCAGUACCUACGGUAUCGGUACACCUUGGAUGAGCUCCCUGCCAUGCUGCAUAAGCUGAAGGUUCGGGCCGAGUCCUUUGACACCUGGGCCAACAAAGUGCGAGUGGCUCUGGAGGUGGAAGAUGGGCGGAAACGCAGCCUUGAAGAGCUGAGGGCACUAGAGUCUGAGGCCCGUGAGCGGAGGUUUCCUAACAGCGAGCUGUUGCAGCAACUGAAGAAUUGCCUGAGCGAGGCAGAGGCUUGUGUAUCCCGGGCUCUGGGACUAGUCAGUAGACAGGAAGCUGGGUAUGGCGGUAUGAGCCCCCACAGGGUGGCUGGUGUACAAAUGACCUUGGCUGAGCUUCGGGCCUUUCUGGACCAGAUGAUCAACUUGCCUUGUGCCAUGCAUCAGAUUGGGGAUGUCAAGGGCAUUCUGGAACAGGUGGAGGCCUACCAGGCUGAGGCCCGUGAGGCCCUGGCCUCACUGCCUUCCAGUCCAGGGCUACUGCAGUCCCUGUUGGAGAGGGGGCGGCAGCUGGGGGUAGAGGUACCUGAGGCCCAGCAACUCCAGCGGCAGGUGGAACAGGCGCGGUGGCUGGAUGAGGUAAAACGCACGCUGGCCCCCUCUGCCCGAAGGGGCACCCUGGCUGUCAUGCGGGGUCUGUUGGUGGCGGGUGCCAGUGUAGCCCCUAGCCCUGCUGUGGAUAAGGCCCGGGCUGAGCUGCAGGAGCUACUGACCAUUGCUGAACGCUGGGAGGAGAAAGCCCACCUUUGCCUGGAGGCCAGGCAGAAGCAUCCACCAGCCACACUUGAGGCCAUAAUCCGUGAAGCAGAAAACAUCCCUGUUCACCUGCCCAACAUCCAGGCUCUCAAGGAGGCUCUUGCUAAGGCCCGAGCAUGGAUUGCUGAUGUGGAUGAGAUCCAAAGUGGUGACCACUACCCUUGCUUGGAUGACUUGGAGGGCCUAGUGGCUGUGGGCCGGGACCUCCCUGUGGGACUGGAGGAACUGAGACAGCUUGAGCUGCAGGUACUGACAGCACACUCCUGGAGGGAGAAGGCCUCCAAGACCUUCCUCAAGAAGAACUCUUGCUACACGCUACUGGAGGUGCUCUGCCCGUGUGCAGACGCCGGCUCAGACAGUACCAAGCGCAGCCGGUGGAUGGAGAAGGAGCUGGGGUUGUACAAAUCUGACACAGAGCUGCUGGGGCUGUCUGCGCAGGACCUCAGGGACCCAGGCUCUGUGAUCGUGGCCUUCAAGGAGGGGGAACAGAAGGAGAAGGAGGGUAUCCUGCAACUACGUCGCACCAACUCAGCCAAGCCCAGUCCACUGGCAUCAUCUACCACGGCCUCCUCUGCAACCUCUAUCUGCGUGUGUGGGCAAGUGCCAGCAGGGGUGGGAGCUCUUCAGUGUGACCUGUGUCAGGACUGGUUCCAUGGGCGGUGUGUGACUGUGCCCCGCCUCCUCAGCUACCCAAGGCCCAGUCCCGCCUCAUCCCCACUGCUGGCCUGGUGGGAAUGGGACACCAAAUUCCUGUGUCCACUGUGCAUGCGCUCAAGGCGCCCACGCCUGGAGACCAUCCUGGCACUGCUGGUAGCUCUGCAGAGACUGCCUGUGCGGCUGCCCGAGGGCGAAGCUCUGCAGUGCCUCACAGAGAGGGCCAUCAGCUGGCAAGGCCGUGCCAGACAGGCUCUGGCCUCUGAGGACGUGACUGCUCUGUUGGGACAGCUGGCGGAGCUCCGCCAACGGCUACAGACUGAACCCAGGCCUGAGGAGCCUCCUAUCUACUCUUCAGAGCUCGCCUCUGACUCUCUCAGAGAGGGCAAUGGCAAGGAUAUGCCUAAGGGCUUGUUCGAGAAUGGAGACAGCGUGACCAGUCCUGAGAAGGUAGCCACGGAGGAGGGCUCAGGUAAGAGAGAUCUGGAGCUGCUGUCCUCGCUGUUGCCACAGUUAACUGGCCCCAUGUUAGAACUGCCUGAGGCAACCCGGGCCCCCCUGGAGGAGCUCAUGAUGGAGGGAGACCUGCUUGAGGUGACCCUAGAUGAGAAUCACAGCAUUUGGCAGCUGUUGCAGGCUGGACAGCCUCCAGACAUGGAGCGGAUCCACACACUUCUAGAGCUCGAGAAGGCAGAACGCCAUGGGAGUCGAGCAAGGGGCCGGGCCCUGGAGAGGCGGCGGCGGCGGAAGGUGGAUCGGGGUGGGGAGGCCGAUGACCCAGCCCGAGAGGAGCUAGAGCCAAAGAGGGUACGGAGCUCAGGGCCAGAGGCCGAGGAAGCCCAGGAGGAGGAGGAGCUGGAGGAGGAGACUGGGGGUGAGGCCCCCUCUGUGCCCCUCCCCAUCACUGACAGCCCCAGCACCCUGGAGAACCAGGAUGGUUUGGAACCAGCGCUAGGGGCCGCUUCAGACCCCUCAACCCAUUUCUCUACUCUGACUUCCCGGCUGCAUAUGUCCUGCCCCCAGCAGCCUCCUCAGCAACAGUUGUGACAGUGGCUGAGCCUAGCACACACCCCAACACAGACCCUCCUCUCUUCCCCCUUGGCCUCAAGGAUCCUCUUUCUGACCAUCAAGCCUGCUUCUUGGAGGUCGGUGGGUGGGGGGAGGCCACCCCCCACACACACCCGAAUCCCUUGACUUUUAUAUUCUGACUCCAAGGUAUUGUUCAGACCUCAGCUCCUGGGGGCCGGCCCCUGGAGUUCCCUAUCCCUGGUAACCUCUAACCAGCAUUCCCAGACACCUGAGGCAGAUAGACAGGUGGGCAGGGGGACAACUGGGGCUGGUUGUCCAGCACCAUUCCAGAGACAAAGGCCAGUGCAUAUGCAAACUGGGGGAAUCUCCUCUCUCCUCCCAGUUCUGGCCCUGGCCAGGCCGUGCUACACUAACCUUUCCUCCCCUCUUACUCUUUUGCCUCUCCCUUUUUCCGCUUCCCCUCCUUCCACCUUUUUACACCCUCUUCCUUCUCCCUUCCCCCAUUGUUCCACUCAGGAGGAGGAAACUUCACAUAGCUGUGCUCAAGUUUUUUUUAUUUUAUAGGAAUUUGGUGGGGGGGCUGAACAGGGCUCCCUGUGGUCUGAAGAAGGCUUUUGGUGCUUGUCCUCACACCCACUUCAACCCUUGCUUCCCAUCCUCCUUGUCUCCUUUCCUCCUCCUGGGUUCAUGUUGUAAUAAAAGAAGAUUGUUGGUGUGUAAUUAAUUUGUUGAAAAGGAAAAAAAAAAAAACAACUUGGUUCCAACUGAAGCCUAUUUUAAUUUUAUUUUAUUAUUUUCCUCUUGUUAGAAAUAAAACCCUUAGCAACAUUUUUUGGAAACAUGUUCUGAAGUGCAUUUCUCUUCAAAGGGGAGAAUGGAGCCUCCUUAACUUAUCAGUGGAGCAGGUGUAGUGCUAGUGGGAGUGCUAGGGCUGAGGCCAGAGAGCCUGGGGUUCCAAAUCUGUGUCCUAGCAAUUUCUCCUUAACCUUAGGCAGGACUCCUGAUCCUCCCCAAGCCAGUUCCCUGUCUCCAGACAGGUGUGCUCUGGCCCCCUUGCCUAAUCUCCAGCACAACAGCUUCCCCCAACUUUGUGCCCUCUAGUCUAUCCUCCUGUUCCCAGAGGGAGUGUCUCCCCCACCCCAUGGCUUUCUUGAGGAAUAGUUCCCCUGCAAAAUUCACCUGCUUGAAAUGUGUAGUUUGAUGAGUCAGAUGGCUGUAAAGUAGAGAUCUGAUCAUGUCACUACUGCUUAAAACUGUCUGUGAUGCCGCAUUACCCCUAAGGUCGAUUAUAAAUACAACAUCAUUCUUUCUAGAAUGUUUUCCUGUCUAACCCAUUUGCCACAUUCUGGGCCCCAUCUCUGAUGUUUCUCCAGUGAUUCUUUCUGCCCUUGAUGAAUGGGAACUAAAGCUCAGAUGUGUGGUAUUUGUAAGUCCUGAGUUCACUUUUUAAACCUUUAUUAAGAUAAAAUUUCAUAUACUGUACAGUUUGCCCACAUAAAGUAUCCAAUUCAGUGAUUUAGUAUAUUUCAUAACAGUUGUGCAACCAUCACGGUGAAAAA